AUGAUUGUCCGUUCACAGGAAAUAGGAAACUCGGCAAACUUUGAGCACGAUAGGACGACCAUCAACCAUCGACCUCCUACUUCUUCCCUCAUGUCCGGCGCUCCCAGCGGCCAUGAGUCCCCGACUUCUUCCACAAAUAACAAUGCCAUGGCGCCCACUGGUGCUGGCUCCCACCCUCCACCACCUCCUCCCCUUCACACUAGCGUAAAGCCAUCAUAUGGCUAUCACGACUACCAAACACCGUCUCCUAUCCAGCAGUCAUCCCCACAACUUCUUCCGCCCACAAGCCAACCUCACCACAUCGCCGCCCUCGCCCAUCAGAAGCGCAAUCCCAUCCAAGAUCUCGCACGCGUCUCUCCCACCCUUUCUUCGACAGCAAGCGAGAGGUCAGCCGAAGACUUCCAGGAUGCCCGGAUCUCGCAAGGUCCCAUGCCGCAUCUUCCCAGGAUACAACAGCAACAGCCUCCCCAAGUCUACCAACAGCAGCAACCGAUCAUGCGCCCGCAUAAGAGGCGAUCCGUCGAGGAUCACUACUCCGAUGUGCACCCCUCCAAGCUUCCGCCAACAUACCCCCAGACCCCUCGCAUGCAUCAAACUCCCCAGCCCUCCAGUCCUCAACAGAGCCGCCAAGCGUGGUCACCGAGGCCAGAGAUUAAGACGGAACGUGUGAAGAUUUCGGAUCUUUUGAGCAGCACCGCCGAAGAGCCUCAACCGCGACCUCAACGGAGCAGUGCUGUGCCUCAACCACCGAUGCCUAUAACCGGCCUUCAAGCGAUCAAGUCGGAAUACCGCAUUACAGUCCGACAGCAGCCCGUAGCAGCCCGCUCCUGCGGUUUUGGCGAAAGGGAUCGCCGUGUCAUUGACCCGCCUCCCAUCGUGCAGCUCACCAUCGAAGACCCUAACCUCUCUAAAGAGGAGAUCAGCCAGCAUUACCGCCAGCAGCGACGGCUCAUGGGUACCCUGGUCGCAUCACCCUUUGUGGGGUUCGACGAGAAUGGCGAGGAGGGCUGCUUCUUCUGCUUCCCCGAUCUGUCUUGCCGCACUCCGGGAUCCUUCCGUCUCAAAUUCGUCCUUGUUGUCAUUGACCCCAUCGCCAGCACUCAGCUUGGAGGCAAGAAAUUUCCCAUCAUGGCGGAGGCCAUGAGCGACGUAUUCACUGUCUACAACGCCAAAGACUUCCCCGGCAUGCAAGCGAGCACUCCUUUGACGAAGAAGCUCAAAGAGCAGGGUUGCCUAAUCUCCAUCAAGAAGGGCAACGAAAAGCCCGGACCUGGUGCCCGCGAUGACACCGACGAGGACGGUGACGAGGGAAGCUCUAGUGGAAGGAGGAAGAGGGCGCGAAAGAAUUAG